GCUGCAGAAUUUAGAACGUCGCAAGGACUCUAUUAGAGAUGUGAGAGAGAGGACAAGAGGAAGUGAGUAGUAUCAAAUAAGACAAAAAGGUGAAAAAGGUAGAGACAGGAAGAAGACAAGGAUGACAAAAAAUGAAACCAGAGAGAAGAAGCUCUGCCACCUGGGACAGAAACCUGUUGUCUUUAUAAACAGGAGUUUUCUUUUAAGCAGUUGUAUUGUAAUGGACAGUUUAAUGUGAAACAUCAACUUGACUCAGAUGCUGUCUGUGGUGUGAUCUUCACAUGCUGGAGUGGAAGUGAAACUAGAUUGUGAUGAUGUGCAUUCUUCCUAAGAACCAGACUCCACUUCUGCACCUGUGCUGCACCACACUGGCCGGCAGAGUUUAAAUACAUUCACCGUUGUUGGUUUUGUGACUGAGGAAAGUCCUGCAAUGGGUUCUUGUCAGUGCAGAAAAAAAUGCAUAUAAAAUUCAUUGUCAGUUCAAAUUUGAUGUCUUUUUAAAUCUUAGACAGGGUGAAGCCAAAACCUCAGAACUUUCGAAGAGUCAGAGAGGAGAAGUUCUCUCACAGAUAUGCUUUAGUGCCAAGGUUUUUAACUCUUUUCACUGAUGUCGACCCUGUGAAAAGCUUGUUUGAAAAAAAAAAAGAUUUAUGAUUCAUUGUGACAAAUCACAGAGAACCAUUGCUUGAUUUUUCCUCCGUAACUGUGAAGAGUAGAAGGGAUUUGAAAGUGAAGUCUGACGUCACUUUUUCUGACCAGUACCUGUUCAAUCUUGAACUGUGACCAGUGUUUUCCUGGGCCCCUCGUUGGUAGAUUGGUUUUAUGUAAAGGGAUCAACUGAGAAAAUUGGGUUAAUAAAGCUCAGGGCCUGGACAUGGAUUUCAUAAAUUUCACCACUAGAUGCCACUAAAGCCUACAAACGUGUAGACUGCUGAAGUUUUACAAUAGGAAGAAUAGGAAGAGUCUGAGCCUGAACUACACGAUGAGCACUGGCCCCUCCUCCACUGUGAUGUAAUCAAAUAUAUACUAUAAGUAUUUUUUUUUAUUAGACAAAUAGAUGCUUUAGAUUCAGGAAGAAUUUGUUUGAUUGGUUGUUGAUUUUUUACUUUGUUAUUUUAACUUUGUACAUUGAUGUUGGAUUGUAAUUUAAAUUUUUUCUAUUGCACAUGUUAAAUAAAAAGAGACAGAAGAAAGAAAAAAAUGAACAUGCAAACAAAAUUCAAUCAACAAUUAAAAUACAUUAAAAAUGACAUCAACAUUUCAGAUCUGAUUGGUUCAAUAGGACAAGUUCAAGUCUAUGAAAUAUAAAGUAACACAGUAAAACAGGAAAGUUAAAUAAGAAAUGUGGUUGUCAGUGUAUUUCAGUGGUGCAGCAGCUGCAGUAACUUCCUCAACUGGGGACAAACAACAAAGUUGAAGCUGUGAUAAAAAUACAUCGACAUACGUCCACACCGUAAACUUCAAUAAUCUCACCGUGGGAGGUCAGCUGACGCAAACUUCGUUUCCUUGUGUCUGUGCUCAUGGCCUGGUUUUAAAUGACAGUUGUCACAGAUCUGAUCGUGCCUGUACCUCGUAGAACCUCAAACCUUAAUUUAAGGCCCUAAGCCUCCUAUUACUCCCUGGGACGCUGAGACCUAAAGUAAGAGCCAGUUUAAUUGUACAUUGACUUGGGUUUAGUUUAUUUCUGUUUUAGUGUGGAAUCAGGAUGCUGUAAGAACUAAAGUUCUCUUUUCUUAUGGACAAAGAAAGUAGGAUGUGGAGUCAGGACCAGAAGUACAGGCACGGAAGAACGGGUUUGGUCCAUCUCGCUGAGAAUCUGAGUUUGUUCAUGGCUUUUAGAAAAGUGACAACACAGUCAACAGAUGCAGUCAGUCUCAGCCACAGAUGAUGAUGGUUGAUGUGGUUUUAACAAGAAAGCAGUACAUGAAAGCAGACCAUGCAUCACUUCCACGCCCACCGCCACGAAUGACAAAACAGGAGGAAGUGACAACUCUUUAUUGUUAAGGACUCACAGUAACAGACGUUCACACAGGUGAGUGAUGCAAGAGAUUUGAUCGAAAGUCACAUGUCAGGCUGAACUCUUCUGUUAAAAUAUCCGAGAGACGAGAGCAACAGUGAGACUUCUGUUCCAACUGAUUAUAUAACAAUAUCCAGGUAAAGCAAAUAUUCACACAACCUAACAUAACGGUUGUCUUUACUCAACUUCAAAGAGAUAGUGAACAGUUCAAUAUGAAUGUGAAAUUAAAUUUGACAUAUUUGAAAAAGAAGUAUGCAAAACUAUGUAAAAUACUGUGUCAGCAUCAACAUGUAGACAUGCCAACUUGGUGUACUAUUUUUAGAUGUUUCUGCUCUUUGUUAAAAACUGGAUACGCUUUUUUUCCCUUUCCAGCUUUGCUCAUAUUCAUUUUAUUGUGUGUUUCAUCAGUUUAUCAUAAAAAAGCUGAGGUCAGAAUAAUUUUCUGCUUACUCAUUCUUUAUAGGAACAUCUGCAACAAACCAAUGACUGUCACCAAGUCUAAAUAAGUGCAUGUAGACAACUGGAGCUCUGUGGCCAAAUAAAAUUAACCUUUGUGCAAAUGCCUUUUGUCUGUCACUUCCCUCUGAACAUGAACCUCGUUCUGUCCCUUUAAAUAUCUGCCAUCAGAGACACAGACUUCACUGGUUCACAGGUGGACGUCAUUCAGCCGGUCAUCCAACAAAAACAAAAUGAACAUCAGCAACUCCACACACUGUGAUCAGGUCCAAACCUCGGGGCACAUCUUCUUCAUUGUCACCUACAGUCUGCUGUUUCUGGUGGGUUUGCUCCUGAACGGUUUCACCAUGAAGGUUUACUUUUGUGGAUUCCGACAGCCAAGCCCCAGCAGUGUGACGGUCUACCUGAAGAAUCUGGUGGCCGCAGACUUCCUGAUCAGCCUGUGUCUUCCCUUACGCAUCAUCAACUUUGCCAGCAGCUCCCUGCCUGUCCGUCAGGCCUACUGCAAAUUUGGUUCCUCUGCCUUUUACCUCAACAUGUAUGCAAGCAUCCUGUUCAUGGGCUACAUCGCAGCAAACAGGUACCUAAAGAUCGUCCAUCCUCAGGGGACUCACAUCUUGCAGACAGUUAAAGCUUCUCACAUCAUCUCCACCUCCACUUGGAGCUUCCUCCUCACCAUGAUGGUCACCUACAUCACACUGUCAGUGCUCAGUGAGAAGUCAGUCUCCUCAUUCCCUGCCACAGUGAGCUGUGAGGUUCUCCACAGUCAUGUUCUCAAUCUUUUCUACAAAAUCAUUCACGCCUGCUCUGCUGCCAUCUUCCUGCUGGUUUUCUUCUCCCUGAUUUUCUUCUACUACAGCACCUCCCACAGGUUAUCACUGGUACAGGAGAGGCAGCCAGCAUCAUCCAGCUCCAAGAAACUCAUCAAAUCCCGCAGGAACAUGUUAGUGCUGGUCACUGUCUUCUGUGUUUGCUUUGUACCUUACCAUGUGGUGCGGCUGCCCUAUGCCUUCCUGAGUACGAGGUGUUCAUUCGGCCAGGUGUUUUUCUACCUAAAAGAGGUGACCGUCAUGGUGUCCACCCUCAACAUCUGCCUGGACCCCCUGAUCUAUUUCAUCUUCUGCAGGGCCUUCAGAGCCCAGUUUAGGAUGAGGAGAACUUUCAGCCGGAGUGGAAAAAAGAGCGAGGAGGCAGUGACUGUCAGGGCAGAAACAAACACCGACAUGUUGUGAACAUUAAUGUUGUUGUUGCAGCAAAUGUGGUUUUUGUGGCGCUGCUCUGUGUUUGUGUUAACCUUUUAAAGUGCGUAGCCAUGUUCCUGUUAAAGUGAUGAUGAAGUAUUUUAAAGGUAGUCAGGACCUUGUUUGUUUUAGUCACCUCAGAGGGUGACUAAAACAAAGAAGGUCCUGACUACCUUUAAAAUACAUCAUUUAUUAACCAUGGUUAAUUAAAAAAAAAAAAUUCUACCAAAAGUAAAUAUUUCACACACUGAUCAAAUCUUUCCAAUCUGUAAUCAUUUAAUAUUUUUUAUAAUUUGUUAAAGACUCUAAAGACAGAAAAACAAAUUGAAAAUGUAAAUGUAUAAGCUUAUUGUUUAAAUUGUUGAUAUAUAUUAAAAUGGGAUCAAAUGCAAUUUAUUACAAAUCUCCUAAUUCAGUGGUUCUCAAACUGUGGUACACAGCGGUACGCGAGCGCUCUCUAGUGGUAUGCGGGGGAAAUUCAUAUUUUCACAUUUACAUUUUCUGAAUAAAUCUGAAACAUACCAUGAUGACCCAAACCUCUCCACAUUAUGGACUUUAAAGUGAACAACAGCAAAACAAAAGAUGGGCCUGGAGCUGUGGCGUUUAAGAGAGUUCUUACGGACAGGAUAAAUCUGUCAGACAUAUAUACAUGGAGCUGCCCUCUGAUGCCUGUUAGAGAGGACAUUCACAUCACACUCACUCCAUUAAACAGAUUUACUCUCCUGCUACAAACGUUUGGUUACAACCUGGGCUGUUCCUCUGGACCAGGAUGGUUCCUGUGUUUUCUCCUGUCACUGAGUCAGGCCUGUUGGCUCAGUCGGACCCAACACUACUCUCUGUGGAUCCAUUUAAUAGAAAACAUCUGGUCUCACAGUGUGUGUGCAU